AUGGCCCCGUCGACGGACGCGCUUGCGAGCACGUUCAAGCUUGCAUCGCACGCCGACCCUCUCGCCGCUUUCCGUGCCGAGUUCGUGAUCCCGACUAACCGUCAGAUGAAGGCGAGGGCGGUCGCGCCGGAGCUCGUGGACGUGCCGUGCACGUACCUCUGCGGGAACUCGCUCGGUGUGCUUCCGCGUCGUGCGCGGCAGCUGGUAGAAGAGGAGCUCGACGUAUGGGCGACGCGAGGAGUGGAGGGCCACUUUGACCACCCGUAUGAUCGCGACUGGGUGCACAUUGCGGAUGGCGCGAUCCCAGCGUUCGCUGAGCUCGUCGGUGCGAAAGAAUUGGAAGUUGCUUGCAUGGGCACGCUCACGGCGAACCUAAAUCUGUUGAUGAACACAUUCUACAGGCCGACAGAGGAGCGGUACAAGAUUCUAUGUGAAGCCAGGGCAUUCCCCUCCGAUCAGUACGCAAUGGCGUCGCAAGUCAUCGCGCACGGCCUUGAUCCUGCCUCUGCGAUCAUUGAGAUCGCUCCUCGGCCAGGCGAACAUACUAUCCGCACUGUGGACAUCCUUGACACUAUCAAGCGGGAAGGCGCAAGCAUUGCGCUCGUACUCUUCAGUGGUAUCCAAUAUUACACGGGCCAACUAUUCGCGAUGCAGAAGAUCACCCGAGCGGCAAAAGAGCAGGGCUGCGUAUGCGGAUGGGACCUCGCUCAUACUAUCGGAAAUGUUCCUCUAUCUUUACACGACUGGGACGUCGAUUUCGCGGCAUGGUGCACAUACAAAUACCUGAAUGCUGGUCCAGGCGCAAUCGCUGGGCUCUUCGUACAUGAGCGAUGGGCGGACGUGCCUAUACGCGCUGCUGGAUGGUGGGGGCACGACGUUUCAACACGUUUCGCAAUGCCGCCCACGUUCGCGCGCAUCCGGGGCGCGCAGGGCUUUCAGCAGUCAAACCCAUCAGUGCUCGCAACUGCAGCGCUGCUUGGCUCGCUGCAAGUAUUCCGGGCGGCAGGUGGCAUGGGUGCGAUCCGGUCGCGGAGCCUCAGGUUGACAGGAUACCUGGAAGCACUCCUUCAGAGAUCGCGGUUUUGGGUGCCCGUAGAGGAGGCUGCCUCAUUUGGUGCUGAGAGUGGUGAGAGCAAGGUGGGCGUGACGAUCAUCACGCCGACAGACCCGGAACAGCGGGGCGCGCAACUUUCGCUUGUAUUUUUGCCUACUGGGCAAGGUGUGAUGCCGCGCGUGUUGGCGGGUUUGUCAGAUAGAGGCGUGGUGGGAGACUCAAGAAAGCCGGAUGUCAUCAGACUGGCGCCGUGCGCGCUGUACAACAGCUGGGAGGAUGUGGAGAGAGCGGUGAAUGUGCUGGAAGAGGUGCUAGGCCUGGUCGAACGAGAGGAGUUGUAA